AGACCUUUCUGGGACUGUGUUUGGAGCUGAAUUCUUUCAGGUGGGUUUUAUGUCGUCAUAAUAUUUGGCACGGGUUAUGAAGGUGAAGCAGAUGCACUUUUUCUGUCCCGCACUCGGCGCACUGCGUCUUGGCGACAGCGGCGAAGUUACGCAUUUCCAAAUAGCCGAAGUUUAAGGAUUUUCACUCUGACGACCAGCAAACAAACGUUAUGGUGGAUUACAAUGUUUCCGAUUUACCAGACGCCCUAAUCUCAAAGAACGGUUUUAAAAUGGAGGAGCUGGCUCUAAUGGCCUUGCUGGAAUGUCCUCUGUGUCUGGAGCAGCUGGAUGUAUCAGCCAAGGUCCUACCCUGCCAGCACACUUUCUGUAUGCCCUGCCUGCAGAGGCAUGAGGCUGCCCACUCCCAGCUGUUCUGCCCAGAGUGCAGCGCUCCUGUUCCAGCCAGGACGGCAGAGGCGCUUCCUACAAACCUCCUGCUGGUGCGGCUCCUGGAGGGGCUGCAGGGUUCAAGUAGCAGAUACACGCAGAAAUAUGCAGUGCCCGUGUCUAGGGGCAGCUCCACAGGCUUUGAAGAUAAGCAGCAACAGGAGAGUCAAAACAGAGGGUUGGGCCAAGGGCUCGAUGAGGCUUCUCACAAGGCAUCAAUGUAUAGCUACAGAGGUGAUCUGUCAGGAGAGCCAGUCCUCUCGGCUGGUAACGCUAUCACACCAAAACACCAAGCGGAUGACGACUGGCACGACGGCGACAGUAGCAGUGCGUCUGUCAGUGCGCUGCAGGCCGUCAGCCAGACACCUCAGCUGCAGCCCCUCCAGCAGCUCCAAGCACCAGCUCUCUGCAGAGCACUGUGUGACUUUAACCCAGAAGAAAUGAAUCUGGAAGACAGUAAAUAUUUUCUCAGCUUCCUCGAGGGCGACGUCCUCACUGUCAUCAGGCGGGUGGAUGAAAACUGGAUUGAAGCCAAGCUUGGGGAGAAAGUCGGAUUCUGUCCUGAGCAGUUUACAAAGCCAAACCCUGUGGCUGCCAAACUGCUGAAGGGAAAGAGUCGGAGGGGGGGUGAUUCAGCAGAAUUUCACCAUCAGACUGUGAGCGGGGGCAAAGACAAGGCCACUGACGCAUCCAAUAGGACUGCCCAUUACGGAGUCCCUCAAGCCCCAGCUAAGACACCCAUCAUCAAUGCAUUGCCCCUCUCCAACCAGCGGAAACAGCCAGCAGCCAGAGGAAGCAACUUUUAUCAGACGAGAGACAACGUCAACACCUUCAACAGCUUCAACCGUCAGGGUCAGACACAGCACCUCUUUGUGCCCUCUGCCACCCAGGGCCACACUCAUUCUUCCAGAGUGAACUCUCAGCGAAGACACCACUCUGACUCGCAGAGACACCUGUUAAAAAUUGAAAAGAAGAUGACCAGCGAGACUCCUCCCACCAUCUCUAUGGCUCUGGUGAACCCCCAGAUGCUCUCUGCCUCUGCAGACGGCAAAAACUCCUCCACACAGCAGCUCUCCAUCAGCGUGUGUGCCGUCCUCUACUCCUACAAACCACGUCGAUCAGAGGAGCUGGAGCUGAGGAAAGGGGAGAUGGUGGGAGUGUACGGAAAGUUCAAAGAAGGCUGGCUGCGUGGGUUAUCGCUAAGAACAGGCAAAGUGGGCAUCCUUCCCGGCAACUACGUUACGCCUGUGCUCAGAACCUCAGCCAGACUGCUGGAGACCAAAGCGCAUAAUCCGUCCUCACAAUACAGCACUUUAUCUGGAAAGAAACACACAGCUGCCAAGAACCCUGCUGUGGUCCUUGCUCUUGAUAGGGUGAAUGGUGAUGGAAUGAUAUACCCAACAGGACAGGUCCCAUCUGUGCCAAACGGAGCACAGCAUGCAAUGUCAUCCACUGGGACUGGAAAACCUUCCUUCUCUGGGGGAUCACAAGGUUGGGAGACUGUAAGGCGUAUUUUUCACCCACACAGAGGCUCAAAUCGUCCAUCCAAUAUGGCCAGUUCACACAUUCCCCCCAACUCACAGCACUUUGCACAACAUCAGGCAUCCGGCUACUCACCUGCUCUGCAGAGAAAGAAGAACAGCAGCUUUGCAUCCAACUCUGGCAGACCACCGGGCUGGAUGACUGAACCAGCAGCGCCCUCUGCUGCUGCUAUCAUGAAGGACAGGAACUUUCAUUAUGACAAACAGCCUGGCACUGCCCCUCAAUCAAUUCUAGUCAGACCUGACACAAACAAGAAUAGCAUGGACAAGCCUGCAAAGUCAGUGCGGUUUGUCACCAAUGAAGACUCCCCUCCUCCAACACGUCGGACGUACUCUUGGUCAUCAGGAAAUCCAAUUCCAUCCAACGCCCGACGUGGGCCUUCUCCUUUAGAAGUGUGGGCCCCAUCCCUCACACUGGGAAGAGAUGGACCAGGGAUCAUCCUCAAAGACGGAAAAGGUCCUAUUCUCAGGAAAGGACUUGAAACAGCCAUCUCAGAUUUUUACUCUCCACAGAAACCAAUGUCCUCACAGCCAGCGCUAUCAGCUGUGUCAGCUCAGUUCAGCCCGAGCAGACACAGAGUGACCACAACACAUUUAGCCCAAACAGACUCAGAGCUCAGUCUGCUUCAAGGAGAGCUUGUCCUCGUCCACAGACCGCGACCUGAUGGUCGGGUUCUUGUUACUCAGGAGAGCAGCGGGCAGACAGGAUUAUUCCAGAGCAGUAUUCUUCAGUCCCUUGAACGCCUCAGCUGACUAUGUAUUCCCUCUGUAGGUUGUGUAAAUUCCAUGUUUUAAAACUGCCAAAUGACUUGAUUGACCUGGUGAUGGGUGUAAAGCUCCAAAGGUUAAUACUGCCAAACGACAAUCCGGUGGAAGGUGUUUGUUUGUGUCGUGAGUGCACAUGAAAACAUGGGCAAAUUCUCUGGAGAUCUCUGUUGCGUCCUUCAGCGUGCGUGCAUGUUUGUCCAGCACGUGUACUAUUACAAGAUUUUGCACAAAAAAAAAAAACACUUAAUGACUGUUCCUCAUUUUAUACCCAUGUUACACGCAUUUGUGAAUGCCUUUGUCGAUACCCACGAAGAAAGCAAACUAUAUUUGUAUAUAUAUUUAGAGAAAUUAUGAGGUGAAACAUCCUACGUAUGUGGUAAUAAAGUAUACGUCCAUGAA